GCCGCGGCCCAAUGGGAAGGCGGAGGCUGCCUGCAAGUGGUCUAAUCUCAAUGAGGUGUCAAUCAUGUUCCCCGGUGGGUGAAGUAAGGUCUUUUGUAACCGCCUCUGUCUUUGGGAAAGAGAGGAGAGAGGAGGAAGGCUGGAGCGGAGAGGGGGACGCCGGACCGUGCUGCAGGAGAGGAGCUGAGAUUUGAGCUCGCUUGUGCUUAGCAGGGAGAAGCGGAGCACAUGGAUUUCUAAACACGCUGGGAUUUUAUAUAUCUACAAAAAUAACAACAAGCGAACCUGACCCUACUGAACACAGUCAAAUGAAUCGUAAUUGCAGAUCAAUGCAGAGAGAUGGGGAAACUUCACUCGAAACAUGCUGCCGUUUGUAAACCCAGAGAAAGUCCAGAAGGUGAUAGUUUUGCGGUGAACGCCUCCCUGGCUCGCAAAGGGCUGGAGGACUGGAUGGUGAAGCAGAAAUACUCCGGGGGCAGCAGCAGCGGCGGCAGCAGCUCGGGACUCCAGCAAGGCUGCCAGCACCGGGCCGUUUGCAGGCUCUCCAGCGCCAGGGAUUUAUCUGGGGAAGGCUACAGAGACACUAUUGGUGAUGAACACUUCCACCUAGAAGUGGCUUUGCCUCCAGAGAAGACAGAUGGAGUUUGCAGUGGAGAUGAAAAGAAAGCAGAAAAAGAAAGUGACACACGCACAAGUUCCAAGAAGCAACUGAAAUUUGAAGAAUUGCAAUGUGAUGUGUCUGUAGAGGAAGAUAACAGGCAAGAAUGGACCUUCACACUGUAUGACUUUGAUAACAACGGAAGAGUCACACGUGAGGAUAUUACCAGCUUGCUUCACACCAUCUAUGAGGUAGUUGAUGCAUCAGUAAACCAUUCUCCCAGUUCCAGCAAAACUCUGCGAGUGAAACUCACUGUGGCACCAGAUGGCAGCCAGAAGAAAAAGAGCAUCUUGUUAAAUCAUACUGAUUUGCAGAGUGCCAGGCAUAGAGCUGAAAACAAAGCUAAUGAAGAAGCAAGAAGCUCUGAGAAGAAGCAGCGGGCUUCUCUCAGAUACCACCAGAGUGAGAACAAUCCAGAGCAAAGUGGGUGCUAUCGUCACUGUGUUGAUGAGAACAUUGAAAGGAGAAACCACUAUUUGGAUCUUGCAGGAAUAGAAAACUACACAUCAAAGUUUGGGCCAGGAUCUCCUCCAGCAGCUCAAAAACAUGACCCACCAGGCAGAAUUGUGAAUCAAACUAGAUCCCGUUCACAUGAGCCUGAAACCUUCCAUGCUCAUCAUAGGAAAUCUCAAGUGGUGGAUCCAAACCACAUCAAUCUGGCUGAAAGUUCAUAUGCCAAGAUUGCAGAAAUCCAGCAGAGGCUCCGGAACCAGGACUCAAACAAGCACUUUGUGAGGUCUCCCAAAGCCCAGGGCAAAAAUGUCACCCCUCUGCAUCCUGGAAGGGCAGUUAGAAAUAAACCUUUCCAAGGGGUGCCCAUGCCCAUGGCUUCCCCAAGUGCACGGGUGGGCCAGAAUCUACCUUACCUUCCCUUGCAAUCCCAACAGAUUCACAAGAAGCAUAAGCAGAGAGCAAAGGAGAAUCACCAAAUGUGCAAAACCUUCCAGUCUCCAGGGACAGUUGUGGAAAAGGAACAUGUGAGAGACCUGCCCACAGUCAUUUUAUAUGAAGGCCAAGUUGGACAAAUGAUACAAAGACAUGAACACCACCACCACCACGAGCACCACCACCACUACCACCACUUCUACCAGACAUAGAAGAGAUCCCACCAACAUCCUCCAAGAAUCAUCCCAUAUGAAGGAAAUGCAUUCUUGAGAUACCAGAACUAAGGCAUUACUAUGAUUAAUAUUAUUAUUACUCCAUUAAUAUUCAGCUUGCAUAUAUUUUAGAGGUUAUAUGGAUGGAACUCUUGAAACUUACCCUAUUUAUAUGUUGUGGAACACCAUAGCUUACUUAAACACCUUGUGGAUUUUUUUGUUUGUUUGUUUUUGUUUUUAAGUGGCUUGUAAAACAGCAAACAACCAUAGCUUUUUGAGCUGUGAUUUAAUACAGGUCGUCAACGCACUUCUUUACAAGUACUACUUCCAUUGUAAUAGGAAAGAUACUUCAAACACUCUUGCAGACAUCUAGCUUACCACUCUGCUGUAUGUCGGCUGAUCGCACACAAGCCUUUUAUCAGGGGAGCAAUGUUGGAAGAGUUGGACUCCAGAGAUACUCAGAUAAUGGAAAAUACAAACAGCUGCUACCUCUAGUAUUAUUCAGAUUUUAUUUUCUUUUUAUUGAUUGUAAUGUGCUACAGGGGGGAAAUUUAAUAUACUGCGUUCAAUGUAGCCUGUUUGUGUUCACAUCCUUUCAAAUUAUCUUAAUUGCAAGGAAAUAUUAGCUACACUUGUCAACAGGGCUACGUUUGUAUGACUCACACUUUAUUUUCUUGGAGAUUCUUCAUUGACACAAGUACAGUCUGUUAUAUACUGGGUAAUAUUUAAAUACACUUCUUUUAUUUUAUUUUUUUUUCUCUUGCUUAUUCUCCACUCUGUUUGGGGUAACCAUAUGAAAAGAGGAGGAUGUGAAAUGGGGUUUUCCAAAGCAUCACUAGACUUUAGUGCUUGGGCUGUAAGUAUCAUUCAUAGGGGUUUGAGAAGGAGAGGGGUUGAUUGGGGUUUUUUUUUGUUUAAAUCCACAGUUCUUUGUUUUGAGAAAGAAUUGAGGAAAAUAUACUUUCUCACUUUAAAUGUUGGCAAAUAUAUAUAAAAUAUAAAUAUAAAUAUAUAUAUAUAAAUAUGCACACUCUCAGGUACAUUUUGUUGUGUUUUAGAAAUCUGUGGUUUGAAUAUUAACUUCUCUUUUUUUCCACAAGAGUGACUUUUUGGAAACAUAUCCCAUGGCAUUUUCUUGGUGCCUCCAAUUUAAAUUUCCCAAGCACCUACCAGUUUGUGCUUCUCCCAUUUUAGAGAUGAUUCAACAUGUAAAAAAAUCAUCAUUCACAAUCAUUCUGGCCUCUUCUGCUUUCUCCAUAUCAAAGGGCUUCCAUUCCAUGAAGGAGAAUGAGACCACAGUCACAAGACCUUAAUGGCUGCUGAGAAAUUUGAAGGUCAAAAGCAAAUUGGAAAAGUGAAAAAAAAAAAAAGGGUCAGUACAUUCAAGUUUUGCUUUCCUUGGAGCCCAGAUUUAUCAUAGAUUCAGUUUGGUUUUGUACAGAUCACCAUUUUGCAGGUAGAAAAUGACUGAAAAACACCUACAUUUCUUUCGGAACAUUCAAGUAGAGAACUCUUACAUGGAAACAUAAAUGUUCUAUAAACAUAUUUUCUUUCGGUUUUAAUUAUUUUUAAUGUUGUGGUAUUUUGUCAAUAGUAUAUAUUGUAAAAUGUAACUAUCCAACAUUGAUAUAAGCCCUUUAUGAUUAGGGGUUUUUUUUUCUGACUAGAGUUUUGAUCAGUCCAAAAUGGGGUAUUACCUUACUGCUGACCAGUUUUAGAGGGAUGCCGUCCUUUCAAAGAACACGGAGACAUCAUCUUUUAAAGAACAGUGGAAAGCCUUGCCUUGUUGUGGAAUUUGAAUAGAAUCACUGCUUCCUGGCAAUUAGGUCCAUCUCUUGUCUCCCUGGAUCAGCAGAUGUUUAGAUUUAUUGUCCUCUUUAAAAAAUCUGGUUUAUUUUAUUUUUUUUAGCUGUCAACAGCAUGUUCUGUUAAAUUUUACAAAAUAUUUUAAAAAUGUGUUUGAUCUGUGUGACAACUAUACUGUUCUGUUUAUUUUAAAAUUCCUAAAGUCCAAAAAUAUUUAUGUGCAGAAUUUUCUGUGUUGAAAAUAUGAAAAGGCCACAAAUUUGGUUAGUUACCACUGAGUUGUUCUAGUCUAAGCCUUUUUUGCUGCUUGUGUAUCAUUCUUUUUCAAUGUAUAUAUAAUUAUGGACUGCAAGAAAAAAAAAGGCAUUUAUAUGUCUAGUAGAAGGAAUAAGCUUAUUUAUAUUAUAGUGUUAACAAAUUCUGAUGUAUUCAAGUGACUUACAUUAUACCGCAUGCAAACACACAGUGUACAUUCCAUCCAAGAAGGGAUGCCAUGCUAUUUGUUUUGAAGAAGUAAUUAAAGCUGUUCUCUUUUCAGUAAAGCAUAUGCCAGAAAGACUGAGAGGUGGAAAUUGUUUCUUAGUCAAUUUUUUUUUUAAUGCAGAUUGUUGCUGAACAGCAGAAAACAUUCUGGAAAACUCGAGUGCUUUCAGAACUGUGAGGCUUUCUAAGAAAGGGCAGCAAAGAGGUAUAAAUGCUCUUUCAUCCAAAGAUAUUUUGCUGGAAAAGAUAACAGCACCGAUAACAAAAUCCCAUCUGACUGAGAAGUGUGCAGUACUUGCUGGGCCAAGCAAGCUCUGAAAUAGAACUCAGCUGACUGUUGUUUACAGCCUUGCAUUGAUUUGUGUUGGUUUAUUAUAUUUGGAGAUUCAAAAGACAAAUUCUGCCUUGCUCAGAUUCUGUGAAAUACAAAUGCAUUUUAAUAACGUGGCAUCCCCAUACUAAAACUUUACACCAGCCAUGUAUGAAUAUACAGUAUCUAAAUACUGUGUUGCAGUUGUGUUAUGUGCAUUAAGUGUGAAUAACAUGUAGCACAGAUUGUUUUCACAGAACCUUAAAUUUCCGUAUCUUUUAAAUAUGUUUGCUUUUCAGUAUUUUGUAUAGUAAAUAUAGAUGGUUUUGACUAAAUGCUUUAUUUAUUUAACAGCAAAAACUGUGCCAAGAGAACCCCCUGUUAAUUAAAGUUUUACUAGUUCAGAAAGUAUAUUUCCUUUUUCUUGUUGUGGAUUUCAGGGGCUUAUUGCAAUUGCUCUUAGUGCUUGCAGAUCCCACUGAUGAAAGAGCUUGCAUUAAUGUUUUUGGGAACAGGAUCAGGAAAUUACGUAUGGACCGGGUAUGCUUUGGUUUUAUAUUUAAGCUAUCAAGUUUCAAAGUUAAAUUUCUUGUCCCCUGCUGUUAGACCUGUGUUGAAUAACUGCUUUUUCAUUUUGUUAUUAACUCUGAAAACCUUUCUUUAAAAAAAAAAAUAUUAUUUUAAGUUGCUCAAAACUGUAGCUGAAUCAAGAUUUAAAAUAGAUUCAUUUCUGGUUAAACAAAACAUUUUAUUCCCAAGGGAAAAAAAAAACCCAGAGUUGAGUAUAUUGUUAUUAUUUAAAAGUAAAAUGGAGUGGCAUUAAGUCAUUUCAGAUGGAAACUCCAGCCUUUUCACUGACUUUUUCAGUUUUUUCACAAGGCAGUUCAGCAAAACAAAGCUGAUCCCAAAAUUUGCACUAUUUGCUGAAAAAAUUCAACUGAAAAAUUUUGCUCACCUCUACCAGCUACAAUUCUGGGAAAGACAGUUUUUUGAAAAGAAGGAUUCAUAAACUCUUCUCGCAACUUCAUGACCACCUAAUAUGAAGUAAACUAAGCUAAGGCUGUGUAGUAAAAUCUCUGUCCCAGUGAAAUCUCUGGCAAGACUGCCAGAUUCCCACUGGCUGCAGGGAACCUAUAAUUUCAUUCCAGGAAGGUGGGUUUGAAGUCUACAUAAUGUGCAGCCAGUAAUUUUAGUAUUUAUUUUUUAUGCAUCUUACUGCUGAUGGGUUUGUAGUAGCUAAUGUUAAAUGGAAGUUUUACUGUAAGAUAUUGAGCUGGUAAAUUAAUUACGAUUAGCAGCAAAUACUGUGCUUUUUACUGAUGUCACUGGAGGACUUCAAGACACUUCCAAAUGUGUUUGAAACAUCCACAUGUCAUUCAAUCAUUGCUAGAAAUGAAGACCCAGUUCUGCCCUUGGAUGAUGAGGUACAGAUGCUCCUGGCAUAUUGGCCAAUAUCAAAUUAAAAAGCCAAGUGUUUGACCUGUGUAAUCAUGAGGACAGAAUAGCAAGGUUUAGCUGGAGAAGUACCUUAAAGAUAUACGUGUGUGUGUGUGUGUAUGUGUGUGUCCUCUGGCAGAAGUUAGUGAGUGGAACAAGAUGGAUUCUGACAGAGGUGAUUUUUUAUAAAGGGAUCAGUACUGUGUAUGCUUGACUGUCUACAAGUUGGCACAUAAAUACACAGAUGCGAUGAAUGCAUACUGUUCUCCAUAUGUCAUUGUGUACCUCAAUUAUUGAAUGACAGAUUUCAUUUGUAUUCCAAUUAACAGGAAAGUUGGGCCCCUUGGGGCCUAGAUUAUACUUGAGAAAAAUUCAUCAUGCUAGAAAAUUUGCAAAAACAUUCACCAUAAUUUUUGCCUGGAGUACAGGCAAGAAUGUUCAUGUUUGGAAACAUGUCAGCUAAUCACGUCUCACCUUUAAUUACCUUGAUGCAAUUCAUCAAGAUCUGAAAAUAUGUUUUCAAACAUGACUUAUUCAUGGCUUUGCUGGGAACCAAGUCUUAUUCAGCAUCCUGUUAGCUGUUAGACUUUUUUUAAAAUGUACCAAGCAGAAACAUGUUUGGAAAUCCAUAAAAUAAAAAUUAAUGUGUUUUCUAAA